AUGCUGGCAAGAAACUCUGUCAGGUCGGCGCAAAGCCUUUUGCGAACCGCCCACGUCGCUCCCACUAGAACUUUCGCAACUGUUCAAUCCGAUAUCUUCAAGCCUACAAAGUAUGGUGGAAAAUAUACCGUUACUUUAAUUCCUGGUGACGGUAUUGGUGCCGAGGUUGCCGAGUCUGUAAAGACAAUUUUCAAAGCAGACAAUGUGCCGGUCGAAUGGGAACAAGUUGAUGUAUCUGGUGUUGAAACUGGAGACAAACACUCCGAGGACUUGUUCCGGGAGUCAAUAGCAUCCUUGAAGAGAAAUAAGCUUGGUCUUAAGGGUAUCUUGCACACACCUGUCGAGAGAUCUGGUCACCAAUCUUUCAACGUCGCACUCAGACAAGAACUCGAUAUCUACGCAUCCAUUGUUCUCAUCAAGAACAUCCCAGGUUACAACACUCGCCACAAGGAUGUCGAUCUUUGCAUUAUUCGUGAGAAUACUGAGGGAGAGUACUCUGGAUUGGAACAUCAAUCAGUUCCAGGUGUUGUUGAAUCUCUUAAGAUCAUUACCCGCGCUAAGUCUGAGAGAAUUGCCAAAUUCGCAUUCAGCUUUGCUCUUGCCAACAACCGUAAGAAGGUUACCUGUAUUCACAAGGCCAACAUUAUGAAGCUUGCAGAUGGCCUUUUCCGCAAAACCUUCAACGAUGUUGCUAAGGACUACCCCACUUUGGAGACCAACGAUAUGAUUGUCGACAACGCAUCUAUGCAAUGUGUAUCCAGACCACAACAAUUCGAUGUUAUGGUUAUGCCUAACUUGUACGGAGGAAUUUUGUCCAACGUUGGUGCUGCUUUGGUUGGUGGUCCAGGUCUUGUUCCUGGAUGCAACAUGGGACGUGAAGUUGCUGUUUUCGAGCCUGGUUGCCGUCAUGUUGGUUUAGAUAUCAAGGGCAAGGAUCAAGCUAACCCAACUGCUAUGAUUCUUUCUGGUUCUAUGCUUUUGAGACAUCUUGGUCUUGAUGACCACGCUAACAGAAUCUCUAAGGCUGUUUAUGAUGUUAUUGCUGAAGGAGCCGUUAGAACCCGUGAUAUGGGAGGAAACAGCUCAACUAACCAAUUCACUCGCGCUAUUUUGGAUAAGAUGGAGUUGGCUGCAUAG